AUGUGUUGCGAGAAGUGGAGCCGCGUGGCCGAAAUGUUUCUCUUUAUUGAAGACCUGGAGGAGGAUUUUAAGAUCCGUUGCCUCUGCUCCAGGGCAUUUGUAGAGGAUCGAAAAUUGUGCAAUUUGGGAUUAAAAGGCUACUACGUCAAAGAAAAUAGCAACAAUGCAGGAGAGCAGGAUACAGAAGAGGAGGAAAGUGACCAUUCCCAUGGCAUUGCAGAAUCACAUGACAAUAAAGGUAUAGUCCUGGAUGAAAGUGAACUUGAUUCUGAGGCUGAACUCAUGAGAAGCAUGGGACUGCCACUUCAAUUUGGUGGAGUAUCGGCACAUAAUAAUUUUGAGGUAUCUAUGAAUGCUAGAAAUAAAGUUAAAAGAAAGAAGAAAAAGAAAAAACAUCAAAAGAAGUACUUAGAUGAAAUUAUGAGAGAAUCUUGGAGAGAAGAAGAUGAUGAAGAUGACAUUUUGACUUCAAAGGAUCCAUCUUCAAUUGGGCAGUCUAAGAACAGGAGAACAUGUAAAGUUCAAAGCAAAAAAGAUACUGAAACUGAAAAUCUUCCUGUUGAAGAUACAUUAUUUCCAAAGCUAGAAAUUACAGAUAAAUGGGAAAAGUAUUGGAAUGAAUACGGAGAAGGACUAUUAUGGCAAAGCUGGCAGGAAAAAAAACAUCCAGAUGAGACACUAUCUUCUGAACCUUGGAAAUGUCAUGAUACAAAGGAAGAAUGGGAACAACAUUAUAGUCAACUCUAUUGGUAUUAUUUGGAACAAUUUCAGUAUUGGGAAGCUCAGGGUUGGACUUUUGAUGCUUCACAAAACUGUGACACAGAUACUUGUGAAUCUAAAACAGAACUUGACAACAAAGAUAAACAGUGCAUGAAAGUGGAUUUAAUUUCUUUUCCAUCUUCAUCUAUUACAAUUGGUAAUGAAAGCUCUAGUUCAAGUGAUAAUGAUCAUAAUGAAAUACUUGAUGGAAUUAAUAAUAUAACUCUGAAUUCAGAGGAGGUAGAAGAAAGUCAGUUAGAGUCUUCGUUAAGUUAUAAUGGUCAUCAGGAACUUAGUGAAAUUAGCAGCAGAAGAGAAUGCCCUGCUUCUGGCCAAGGUGAACCAUGUAAUAGAGGAACCAAGCAAAGGACUAGAAGCACAAACCCACCAGCUCAGGAUACACAGCAGUCUUCAGGACCAAACGCAAGCAAAGGAAGACUACAUGCCAAUGACAUUGAUGGAGAUGAGAGUGAUGAAGAUCCACCUGAAUGUAAACCAACCACGCUGAAGAGAAGUCAUGAACUGGACUUCGAUGAAAAUCCACAUUCAGACUUUGAUGAACAUGGUUGUCUUCUAGGAUUCCAGCAUGGCUCAGGACAAAAAUAUGGCGGGAUUUCCAGUUUCAGUCAUCGACGAGUCAAGUAUCUAGAGAAGAAUGUGAAGCGUAAGUCAAAAUUCCUGGACAUGCGAAGACAAAUAAGUAUGAAAAACAAACAAGUCUGUAUUGAAAAGUCAGAAAAACCAUUUUACAAGAAAAGCAAAGCUUUGAGUAAGGUAGAAAAAUUCCUAAAAUGGGUUAAUGAACCGAUGGAUGAAGAAGAAUCACCGAAGUCAUUUUCUCACAACAAUGUCCAUGAUACUUGCACAAGUAGUGAUUCAGAAGAUCAAGUGCCUGUUACCAAAAGUGACAACCCGUGUGAGACUAGUAAUCCAGAACCUGACACCUGCCAAACUGUAUCUUCAGCUGAUACAUUUGAAACACAAGAAAAUGGAUCAGAUAGCGCAGUAGCAGCUGUGGUAGAAAAGCAGGACUGUGUUACUCAGGAGCAACUGGGCUCUCUUCAGGGAGAAAAGGAAGCUGAAACAGAGAAGAACAAGAAGAAGAAAAAGAAGAAAAAGAAAAACAGAAAAGUGAGUGGUCUGCCUCCUGAGAUCGCUGCUGAUCCUGAACUAGCAAAAUACUGGGCCCAGAGGUACAGACUCUUCUCCCGUUUUGACGAUGGGAUUAAAUUAGACAGAGAGGGCUGGUUUUCUGUCACUCCUGAGAAGAUAGCUGAACAUAUUGCUGGGCGAGUCAGUGAGUCCUUCAGAUGUGACAUUGUAGUGGAUGCAUUCUGUGGAGUUGGAGGAAAUACCAUACAGUUUGCUUUAGCAGGAAAGAGAGUGAUCGCCAUUGACAUUGAUCCUGUGAAGAUUGACCUUGCUCGCAAUAAUGCCGAAGUUUAUGGGGUUGCUGAGAAGAUAGACUUUAUCUGUGGAGAUUUCCUGCUGCUGGCAUCUCACCUAAAGGCGGAUGCUGUGUUCCUUAGCCCUCCUUGGGGAGGACCAGACUACGCUACUGCAGAGACCUUUGACAUCAGGACAAUGAUGUCUCCUGAUGGCUUUGAAAUUUUCAGACUUUCACAGAAGAUCACUAAAAAUAUUGUCUAUUUUCUUCCAAGAAAUGCUGAUGUUGACCAGGUGGCAUCCUUAGCUGGUCCUGGAGGGGAAGUAGAAAUAGAGCAAAACUUUCUUAACAAUAAGUUGAAGACAAUUACUGCUUAUUUUGGUGAUCUAAUCCAAAGAUCUGCCUCUGAAACAUAG